UGAUGGAGUUCUACGAGAGAGUGUCUGGAGCGAGAAUGCAUGCAGCCUAUGUCAGACCAGGAGGCGUGUCUCAGGAUUUACCCCUUGGACUUUUGGACGAUAUAUACGACUUUAUCGAAAAGUUCAACCAGAGACUGGACGAGGUGGAGGAACUCCUCACACAAAACAGAAUUUGGAAACAGAGGACGGUAGAUGUCGGAAUAGUUUCUUCUGAGGAUGCCCUAAACUUUGGGUUCAGCGGUGUGAUGUUGCGUGGCUCGGGUAUCAAGUGGGAUUUGAGGAAGACACAGCCGUACGAUGCCUAUCAUCUGGUCGACUUUGACAUUCCCAUCGGUACGACUGGUGAUUGUUAUGACAGGUAGGUCUCGAGGGAAACAU